GUUCACUGCCCCCAUUAGCUCUCUUUUUGCAAUCGACUUUUUCUCUACUUAUUUUAGACUAUGUGGGAUGUUUUUAAGUGUUCACACCUGGUUUAUAUAGCAUAAAUACAUACUGCACUAUGGGACAAGUGCUGUAUUUUCUAUUACUAGCAAGAGUGGUAAAUGUUAAUUAUGUAGAUGCUCUGCUGUAUGUAAUGACUUUACAGCAAAAUAUUCAGCAUGUGCAUCCUGCUGAUAGUUGAUUAUAUCCCUGAAUACUCAAUUCUGUGUAUAAAAAGGUACAUAUUUAGAUGUUUUUUUCCCAAGAAAAUAAUAAAAUGUGGCCUUAACAUAAUUUAAAUUAAACUCUACACCUUUUGCUUUAUUUAAAAUGCACUAAUCUGUGAAGUACUGCUUCUAUCUACACUCCUCUGCCACCUACGCACUACGCAAGUAUUACUGGAGUAAUUCAGCUGUAUAUGCCCAAAACUGAUUCUGAAUAAGGACUAUGAUAUGCAAUACCUGGCAUGUAAGGUGACAGGAUUGGUUCCUCUGGUUUGUUGCGUAUGAAAAACAAAAAUCUAAGACUAUUACAAUACUUUUGAAAGAGCUUUUGACUCGUGGUAAGGCAAUUAAAUAAAAUACAUAAAUAUGACUGGAAUAACGGCUGAAAUAAGUGAAUCAAAAAAUAAAUUUACAAGAUUGCUUUUACUUAUUUCAGCAGGCUUUUAUGUAAUACUACAUUCCUUUAUUUCAGGAUAUAUUUCACAGCUAUCAUUAAAGCAUGGUUAAUAUGGAAUGUCAUUUUAUGAAUGUUUUUUUUUUCCACUUGCAUACCUUUGUAUAUGCCAGUACCAUGAAAAAUGACAUGGUAAAUCUUAUAUUAAAAAUCCUGUUGUAAAACACAGGACGGAGAGAUGGCGUCAAUCAAAACACAAACAAAUAAACUAAACAUGAGUGACGCUUGGGUCGAUGCCCCUCGCGCUUCAUUAGCCGCCCCAGUGACGUCAUCCCGUUUAACGGUCAGACUCGGACGCUUCACGUCAGUCGACCGGACAGACUCGGACCAUAAACCGACGGACGAGGAGUUCACAGUCUCGGUAGAAACAAGGCAGUCAAGAGAAAUGUCUUUUAUAUUUGGUUGGAUCUACAGGGGCUUCAGCAGCGUCUUACAACUAUUAGGGUUGUACAAGAAGACCGGCAAGCUGGUUUUCCUCGGACUAGACAAUGCAGGAAAAACAACGCUCCUCCAGAUGCUCAGAGACGACAGGCUGGGACAGCAUAUGCCAACGCUAUACCCAACAUCUGAGGAGCUGACCAUAGCUGGGAUGACCUUUACGACAUUUGACCUCGGGGGUCAUACACAAGCACGAAGGAUCUGGAAGAACUACUUCCCAGCCAUAAAUGGAAUAGUCUACUUGGUGGAUUGUGCUGAUCAUGAGCGACUAUUAGAGGCUAAAAUUGAACUGGAUGCUCUGUUAACAGAUGAAACCAUCUCAAACAUCCCCGUUCUUAUACUGGGGAAUAAGAUAGAUCGCCCAGAGGCCAUCAGUGAGGAUGCCCUCAGAGGAAUGUUUGGUCUUCAUGGACAUACAACUGGAAAGGGCACUGUGUCACUGAAGGAGCUGAAUUUGAGGCCAAUGGAGGUUUUCAUGUGUAGCGUGCUGAAGAGGCAGGGAUAUGGAGACGGUUUCCGCUGGCUCUCCCAGUAUAUUGACUGAUUGAUGUUCUUUUAUUAGACUUUUGUUAGCUGUAUGUGCACACAAAGACCUGUUCCACACAAAACUACCUGCAGUAGAGAGAUAUUUUUUUUUAAAUAUACUAAGUGUAGGACUUUGGCUGCCAGUAAGAAAUACAUUUUAAGUAGCUUUUGUAUCACUAUACCCUGUUCUCUUAAUGCAUUCAAAGGUGGUGUAUGUCAUAACACAGAAGGUCAAAGAUAAAUUAUGAAUCAUCAGUCUGUAUUAUUCAGAUAGUGUGUGGAGAAUAAUUUUCAGUACUGUCAUUUCCACCUUUACUUAAAGCUUGUAGGGAACUUUGUUCUCCAUAUAGAACAUGCCGCUGCUGUGAACCAGUUUCUGACCGAGGUUUAUUUUUGGAUGCCGGUGUUGCCUUACAGUGAAGGUCAAUUUAGUUGACAUCGUGGGCUUGGAGUUAGUCUUCUUUGACUUAGAAUGAACCCUUUUUUUUGCUGGCACAGAUGGGAAUCUUAAACUACCACCAGUUGUUUCCAGUUGUUUCUCUGUAAAGUGCUACAAAAGUUUGGUGCCAUAUUUGUUAUUGUUAAUACAGUAGCCUUCUACCUCCAAGGAUACUGACACAUCUCCUGAUCACACUUUUUUUUUUUAAUUCCUGAACGUUUACAACUACAGGACAAUUGUAUGAAUGUGACCACAAGUGCAUUAACUGACUUUUGCCAUGAGAAGCUUUAUUUAAUACUGCACCAUGUUAAAUAACUACAGCACAGCUAAGUGAUGUAACAAACUCAUACUACUUGUCUGCAGAGAGGAUGCCAAACUACCUGUUUCCAUGAUGCGUAAUUUCUGUGAAAUGACUUGAGUACUUUGUGAUUAGUUGCUGCUCAUAACAUGCAGCGAUAUUAUGAGAGUACUUGGGUAGUGCUUAAAAACUGUGUAUGCACAUCAUAUGCAUGAAACUACCUUUCAGUAUUAUGGAUUGUUUUGUGUAAAAGAUCUUAUUUAUAUUUUCCAGUAAAACUGGCUUGCCUUAUGCUACGUAAAGCAUUGAUAAAGGUAUAAAAAGUACAUCAUAUUCUUGUUGGAUGUGAUGUGUGAAGUUUUAGCAUAAUAAAUAUUUUUGACAAUCA